CUUCUCUCCCUCACUCUUCAUCUCUCUUUCUCUUUUUUCUCUCUCUACUUUCUCUCUCUUCUUUAUUUCCUCCAUUUUCUUGGUGGGUUUAUCAAGUUUUAGUGAUAAACUCACACACCAUACUCAACAUUGCCUGCCCAAAACUUGCAAAUUGUAACAUAUCAUUACAAUUUCUUUACCAUAAUUUGAGGUGAAAGAUAUAUAGAUUUGGUGUAUAAUGUUGAAGUCAGUAAAGUCACCCAUUUCAAUGGCUGCUUUGUUAGUUAUAAUGCUUUGGUUUAUUCCAAUGGCAUUUGCUGGUCAUAAUUAUGGUGAAGCUUUAAGUAAGGGUAUUUUGUUUUAUGAAGCUCAAAGAUCUGGGUUUCUUCCCCAUAAUCAAAGGGUUAAUUGGAGAUCUCAUUCUGGAUUAAAUGAUGGCAAAAUUAGUGGAGUGGAUCUGGUAGGAGGAUACUAUGAUGCGGGUGACAAUGUGAAGUUUGGACUACCAAUGGCAUUUACCGUAACAAUGAUGUCAUGGAGUGUGAUUGAGUAUGGAAGACAAAUGGCUUCUAAUGGUGAGCUUGGCCAUGCUCUUGAAGCUAUUAAGUGGGGUACUGACUAUUUCAUUAAGGCCCACCCUGAGCCCAAUGUUCUUUAUGGAGAGGUUGGAGAUGGGAACACAGACCACUACUGUUGGCAAAGACCAGAGGACAUGACGACUGACCGGUCCGCCUACAAGAUUGACCCGAGUAGGCCCGGUUCGGAUCUUGCCGGAGAAACCGCUGCCGCCAUGGCUGCUUCCUCCAUUGUAUUCGCUCGCUCUAACCCUGCUUACGCUAGAGAGCUCCUCACUCAUGCUCGUCAGCUGUUUGAGUUUGCUGACAAGUACAGGGGUAAAUAUGACAGCAGUAUUACUGUGGCUCAGAAAUAUUACCGAUCAGUUAGUGGUUAUGCGGAUGAGCUCCUUUGGGCUUCUGCAUGGCUCUACAAGGCAACCAACGACCAAUAUUACUUGAGCUACCUUGCUAGAAAUGCGGAUGCUUUGGGUGGAACUGGUUGGGCUAUGACUGAAUUUGGAUGGGAUGUCAAGUAUGCUGGUGUUCAAGUCCUCGUUUCGAAGUUCUUAAUGCAAGGCAAGGCAGGUCCUUACAGAUCCGUAUUUCAGAGAUACCAGCAGAAGGCAGAGUACUUUUUGUGUUCCUGCCUAGGAAAGGGCACCAAAAAUGUUCAGAAAACACCCGGUGGACUGAUCUUCCGUCAGAGGUGGAACAAUUUGCAGUUUGUCACCGGUGCUUCCUUCCUUCUUUCUGUAUACUCCGACUACCUUUCUUCUGCUCGCUCGAGCAUGCAGUGCUCUGCUGGUCGUGUUUCUCCAACUGAACUCUUCUCAAUGGCCAAGUCUCAGAUUGACUACAUUCUUGGAGACAACCCAAGAGCAACAAGUUACAUGGUGGGAUACGGAAGCAACUACCCACAACAUGUUCACCACCGUGCCUCAUCCAUCGUAUCAUACAAGUCCAACCCUAAGUUUGUUACUUGCAGAGGAGGUUAUGCCACUUGGUAUGGCAUGAAAUCAAGUGACCCCAAUGUUCUUACUGGUGCUACCGUUGGCGGGCCUGAUGCCUAUGACAACUUUGCUGAUGAAAGAGACAAUUAUGAGCAAACUGAGCCAGCCACCUACAACAAUGCUCCUCUUAUAGGUGUUCUGGCUCGUCUGACUGGUCACAGCGGUUACAGCCAGCUACUUCCAGUUGAAAUCCCACAUGUUAAACCAACUCCACCACCUAGGUCCAAAUCUACUCCUGCACGGAAGGCCAGGCCUACUCCUGCAAAAAAGGCCUACCGUUCUCCAGCACCACGAGCAAAAGCAGUUCGUGCUUCAGCUUCAUCCUCUGCUCACAUCAGCAUCAAUCAGAAGUCCACAGCUUCCUGGGUUCACCGAGGAAGAACAUACUACCGAUACUCCACAACUGUGACUAACAAGUCUAACAAGAAUCUCAAGGACAUGAAGCUAUCUAUUAACAAGCUUUAUGGUCCAAUUUGGGGUCUUACAAAGUCUGGAAAUUCUUAUGGCUUCCCAGCUUGGAUCAACGCCUUACCAUCUGGAAAAAGCCUUGAAUUCGUCUAUGUCCAUGCUUCUACUCCCGCCUCCAUUUCAGUCUCAAGUUACAGACUCUCCUAAGCGGAAAAAAAACUGCUGUAAGUUGAAGAAGAAAGGAGAACAAGUUUAUUUUUCAUGAACUUGGGGUGGUUGUGGAUGUAACAAUUGUGCAGCUUAUACUAGAAUCCAGUCAAGAAACUAUCUUUUUUUUUUGUGAGUUAUAGUUCUACAUAUUUCACUGGGUGAUGAUAGGGCUGUAGAACAAGAAAAGCUUAGGUAAAUAAGAGUGUAAGGUCGGAGGACGAAAGGUGUGAAGAGACGAAUCGAUAUGAGUGCUCAUCCUCUUUCUCCUCCACUUCACUGCUUAUAUAUAUAGAAUUUGCAAGUGAAGUGAUGGAAAUAUUGCUUCAAAAUUGAAACUUGUUAGGAGUCCUUUUAGUUCCUUUCAUGUAGUUCAGGGUGGGGUGCGUUUUGAGUGUCUUCUUUUACAUCAUUUUUGUGUUUGAUGUUGUAAACUUUGCAACAUUUCUUUCCAUUUGCUGGUAUGAAUGAAUAUAGUCUUUUUGUGUA